GAAUGUAGAAGGAGAAUAAAAAUGGAGGAAGAAAGAGAGAACAAGACAAUAUAAAAGUGGUGGUGAACCAACAAUGCACAUGUGAAUAGAUAAUGGUAAGAAAAAAGAAUAACAAGUGUCAUCAUCACACGGAAAUGGGUCACAAAAGCUAAUAAUAAAGCUUUUCACAGCUGAGGAGCUUCAAAGAGCAACAGAUAACUACAACUGGAGCAGGUUUCUUGGUCAAGGUGGAUAUGGAAAAGUCUACAAAGGAAUGCUACCAGAUGGAACCAUAGUAGCUGUUAAGAGAUCUGAGGAGAUUGAGAGGAACCAGAUUGAGACUUUUGUCAAUGAAGUUGUCAUUUUAUCACAGAUUAAUCACAGGAACAUUGUGAAGCUCUUGGGGUGCUGUCUUGAGACAGAAGCACCAUUACUAGUCUAUGAGUUCAUUCCAAAUGGAACACUUGCACAACAUAUUCAUAGCAAAUACCAUGAAUCAUCUUCACCACUUUCAUGGGAUAGCCGGCUUCGAAUCGCAUGCGAGGUAGCCGGAGCAGUGGCCUAUAUGCAUUCUUCAGCUUCAAUUCCCAUCUUCCAUAGAGAUAUCAAACCUACUAACAUACUCUUAGAUAGUAACUAUAGUGCAAAAGUGUCUGAUUUUGGAACAUCAAGAUCAUUGCCACAAGACAAGACUCACUUGACAACACAAAUAGGAGGAACUUUCGGAUACAUCGACCCUGAAUAUUUCCAAUCUAGUCAAUUUUCGGAUAAGAGUGAUGUGUAUAGUUUUGGAGUUGUGCUUGUCGAAAUCAUAACUGGGAAGAAGCCGAUUUCGUUUAUAGAAGAAGAUGAGGGUCAGAAUUUGAUUGCUGAAUUCAUUUCUGUGAUGAAGGAGAACAGAGUUUGUGAUAUCUUGGAUCCCAAGGUAUUGAAGGAAGCUAAGAAGGAUGAGAUUGUUGCAAUUUCAAAUCUUGCAAUGAGGUGUUUGAGGCUAAAUGGGAAAAAAAGGCCAACAAUGAAAGAGGUUUCAGCUGAGUUGGAAUCAUUGAGGAAGGUACAGAGUUCCAUGUUGGUUGAUAACCAUGAUCAUCAUCAUGAUGAAUCAACAAACAAAUGUGAAAAAUUAUUGCAUAAACACAACAAUAGUGUAGUACAAGAAUAUGCAGAGGAGAGCAUUUUGCUGUCAUUACAAUUACAAAUGGAGUCCUCAUCCUUCUGAGAUGUUAUAUUAAUAACUGAUUCUAUGUUAGUUAUGACUUGUGUUUCAAUUUUUGGUCAUUAUUUUUCAUAUGCAUGAAGUGUGUGUUUCCUAA